AUGGCUUCAUACUCCUCACACCCCUCGUCCUUGUUGUUCCAGAAUAGGUUGAGGAUCAAGUUGAAAAUGGCCAUCAGCAAGCUCCAGUUCGUGCAGAGCAAGAAGGUCGCCAUAACCAAACAGCAGAGAAGAAACAUGGCAGAGCUCUUGAAACAGGAGAAAGAGCAGAGCUGCAGAAUCAGGGUCGAAAACAUAAUCAGGGAAGAUGUCUAUAUUGAAUUGUUGGAAUAUCUAGAGUUGUACUGUGAGUUGUUGUUGGCCCGAAUAAGCUUGUUGGAUUCUUACGCUUUGACCACCAAUCCAAACGAGGCAUUAAAGGUUGUGAUAUAUUGUGCAAAUCACACUGAAAUCAAAGAAUUGUUCAACUUGAAGGAAAUUUUUGUCCAUAAAUUUGGCUUGGAAUUCGCUAAAAGUGCCUUGGAAAAUAAGAAUGAUUGUAUCCCUGAUAAAAUUGUCACCAGAACCUUGAAUAAGUCUCCUUCUCCAGAAUUAGUGUCCUUGUAUCUAAAAGAAAUUGCGAGAGCUUACAACGUGCCCUUUUCUGAAUUGUCUGACAAUGAACAAGAGGCAGUACAAGAACCUGAUUCAAAAGGCCAAAACCAAAAAACGCUUAAUCCAAAACUUGAAGAGAUCCAAAAUCUUGCCCCUACUCCAACUUCAAAACACGAAAAGUCUGGAAAAAAAGUAGAGGAGGACGAAAUUGAUGUUCUAAAAAAAAGAUUUGCUGCUUUGAAAAGGAUUCCAAAGUGA